UUUAAUCCUGUCAGAACACCGUAAGGACAGUUUGCCUUACAAUCAUGGGGGUUUUGGAUAUUCUUCUCCAGUCUUUUAGUCCCGUCUCCCUGAUGGUGGCUUUAGUGUUUCUGCUGCUCAUCUAUCUCUGCUCCCCCUUCAUGUUCAGCCAACACAAGCCAGAGCCACCAGGCCCAAGACCACUUCCCCUUCUGGGCAACCUGCUGCAGCUGGAUGCAAAGAGACCCGACAAAACACUCCUGCAGUUUUCCAAGAAGUAUGGCUCUGUAUUCACCGUCUACAUUGGAUCUAAGAAAGUGGUGGUCCUGGCUGGAUACAAGACAGUGAAGGAGGCGCUGGUCAAUUAUAAAGAAGAGUUUGGAGAGCGGGACCCACCAAGAGCAAUAAUGGAUGCAAACCUACACCAUGGGAUAGCGUUUGGAAAUGGGGACUCCUGGAGAGAAAUGAGGCGUUUCGCUUUGAUGAACCUGAAAGACUUUGGGAUGGGAACGAAAUCAUGUGAGGACAAAAUCAUUGAGGAGAGUCAUCACAUCGUUCAGGAGUUUAAGAAGUUCAACGGCGAAGCUUUUGAUUUGAGCCAAGUGAUAAGCUAUGCUGUGUGUAAUAUAAUCUGCUCCAUGAUCUACGGCACCAGGUUUCAGUAUGAUGCUCCAGACUUUGUCUACAUCAUAAAUCAAACAGCCAGAGGGAAUCAUUUACUUGGCUCACCUGCUGUACAGUUCUACAACUUUUUCCCAUGGAUCGGAAAACUGUUUUGCUCAGCCCAGAAGGAAAUAAGCUCCAUAUACGCAGCCAACAAAAGUCACCAUCUGAAGCUACUGAACCGGCUGAAAGAAAACCUCAAUCCUCAGAUGUGCAGCAGCAUUGCAGAAGCCUUCAUGCUCCAUCAGCAGCAGCUGGAGAAUUCUGGGGUGACCAACAAUCACUUCCACAGUACAAACCUUCUGGUAACGAUAAUGAACCUGUUCAGUGCUGGGACGGAAACAACCGCUGCCACACUCAGAUGGGGGAUUCUGUUCAUGGCCAAGUAUCCAAAGAUACAAGCUCGGGUCCAGGAGGAGCUGAACAGAGUGAUUGGAGGCCGUCAGGUUCAGGUCGAGGACCGACAGAGGCUGCCUUUCACAAACGCCGUCAUCCAUGAAACACAGAGACUGGCCAACAUCCUCCCCUUGUCUCUUCUUCACAGAACCAGCCAGGACGUGACCUUCCAGGGUCAUUUCAUCAAGAAGGGCACCACGGUGAUUCCUCUCCUCACGUCUGUCCUGUACGAUGAGAGCGAGUGGGAGAAGCCAAACAGCUUUCAUCCUGCCCACUUCCUCGACAAACAUGGAACGUUCCUAAAACGUGAUGCUUUACUGCCGUUUUCUGCAGGUCUCCGGAUGUGUCCUGGAGAGAGUCUGGCCAGAAUGGAGCUCUUCUUGUUCUUCGCCACCCUUCUGCAACAUUUUCGUUUUUCUCCUCCACCUGGAGUUUCAGAGGAAGAACUGGAUCUGACUCCAGAAGGGGGAGGCGCUCUCCACCCUUUUCCCCACAAACUGUGUGCCGUCUCUCUGAUGUGAAGACGAGGGCUGGGCUAAAACAAAUUUACAGUUUUGAUUUUAAAUUUCCUGGAGAUUAAAAGCUGAUGACAUUU